GCAAACUGCCAUUAGCAACAUAAAGAGGGGCAAAUCUACAAAAGCAUCUCACACACCAACCUUCAAAAGCAGGAGGAAACAAGAUCCAAAGGAGACUCAAUGUCACACUCCCAUCUCCUUGUGUCAUCAUCCUUCUUACACUGAAGGCAAGAUGCCACAAGAUGAAAACUCAGAGAUCAUGAUCACCUUCCUCAGAAAGGAACUUGAAGCUUCUCUCGAAAAGAAUGGUUCAUUGGAGAAAGAAAACCACGAGCUGAGACAAGAGGUGUCUCGUCUCAGAGAUCAGAUAACUUCCCUAAAAGCACACAAUCAUGAGAGGAAAACUGUUCUCUGGAAGAAGUUCCAGAACUCGAUGGAUACACCAGAGCAAAGUCCAGCAGCAAAAGAGAAAAUGGUUCCAAAGUUAGACUUCACAGAGGAAAAGCCAGCAACGAUAUUGACAAAUGCACCACCACCUCCAACUCCUCCUGCUGCGAUCGAUGAGGUAAAGGGAAAUAAAGGGCCGUCAGCACCAGCACCGCCACCUCCACCACCGCCCUCAAAGUCACUACUCAGUUCAAAAGGAGUGCGCCGUGUGCCAGAAGUAAUUGAGCUAUACCGAUCACUUACAAGGAAAGAUUCAAACAUGGAGAACAAAGCCAACCCUGCAGGAGUUCAUGUUUUUGCACUCACCAAGAACAUGAUUGGAGAAAUCGAAAAUCGUUCAUCUUAUGUUUUAGCUAUAAAGUCAGAGGUCGAAACACAAGCAGAGUUCAUAAAUUUCUUGAUCAAAGAGGUGGAGUCAGCAAAAUUUAAGAACAUUGCUGAUGUAGAAGCAUUUGUGAAUUGGCUGGAUCGGCAGCUGUCCUCCUUGGUAGAUGAAAGAGCUGUAUUGAAGCAUUUUCCACGGUGGCCAGAACGAAAAGCCGACACAUUGCGAGAAGCUGCCUGCAACUACAGAGACCUCAGAAACCUCAAAUCCGAAGUCUUGUCAUUCGGAGACAACACGAAGGAGCCAUUGAUCUUGGCUCUAAGAAGAAUUGAAGCAUUACAAGACAGGCAUGUUUACGUUCAAAAGCUUAUAUUCUACCGUUCCAUUCAUGUAGUGAACAAAAUAUUGAGGUUCAAGUUUUACAGAUUGGAGAGAAGUCUUAGCAGCACAGAGAGGACAAGGGACAUUACUAGCAAGAAAUACAGGGAUUUUCAGAUCCCAUGGGAAUGGAUGUUAGACACAGGGCUGGUCGGACAGAUGAAAGUAAGUUCUCUAAGGUUGGCCAAGGAGUUCAUGAAAAGGAUUAUCAGAGAAGUCCAAUCUAGUGAAUGCUCAAGAGUAGAAAACCUUGUGCUUCAGGGAGUCCGUUUUGCUUUCCGAGUGCACCAGUUUGCAGGUGGUUUUGAUGCAGAGACUAUACUUUCCUUCGAGGAGCUAAAGAAGAUAGGCACGGAUAUCAAGAGGCAAGCCAACAAGCACUAG